AUGCGCAACAAAUAUUUUGCCGCCGCCAUUGACGCGGACUCAGGGGACAUCCAAAGGGAUCCAGUCACGGGAUUAGUGGUGGAAAGUCCUCUGACGACAGGUGGCGAGAUCCUAUUUGCUCUGGAGAAGGAGAAGGAUUUUCGAGGAUACUUUGACAACCAAGAGGCCACGGAGAAAAGGCUGGCACGCAACGUCCGUUGUCCGGGAGACCUGUAUUACCGCACCGGUGAUGCACUGCGGAGAGAUUCUGAAGGACGUUGGUUUUUCAUGGACCGUCUCAGUGACACAUUUCGCUGGAAGAGCGAAAAUGUGAGCACAUCAGAAGUUUCAGGCAUCUUCGGCAGCUUUCCCAAGAUAAAGGAAGCUGUCAUUUACGGCGUUUUGAUCCCACAUCACGAUGGCCGAGCGGGUUGUGCACGCGUCGUCAUCGCUGAGCAGGACCAACCACAUUUCGACUACUGCUCUUUGGCGAGGUAA